ACAUCAAAGAGGUUGGGGCCAAUCGCCUAGCAACCGUCCGGGGAGGGAGGCUCUCCCUGCAAAACCACGCCUCUUUCCCCCUUCCAUUUGCUUCAAUGGAGAAGGUGCUGCGGAAGCUGAAGCCACGGGAGAAACCGCAGGCGGCGACCUGGUAUUCCCUUGCCUUAUGUGGGAAGAGUCCCUGUGCUCGUGUGGGCCAAAACUCUUUAUAUCUGCCUCCUUUGGACCCGGGCAGUAAAAAUGGGAAAGUGGUUAUCAUCGCCGGAGCAAAUCCGAGUGGAAGUUUCACUGACUCCUAUUUUAUUGAUCUUGAUGCUAAUUGCUGGACAACGCCUGGUUGGGUAGGUCUGUUGCCACGAUACGAACAUGCUGCUUUUGUGCCUGCCAGCCAGCCCAACACACUCUGGGUAUACGGAGGGGCCAGUGAAACUGGCAACAGAGACUGCGUACAAGUUUUGGAUCUAGAAACUGGGUUGUGGCGGAAAACCAACGUGGCCGGCAAUCCACCGAGCCCUCGGACGUAUCAUACCUCCACGGCUGCAAUUGGGGACCGGUUAUAUGUAUUUGGAGGAGGCGAUAAAGGGGUAGAUCCUGUCCAAGACCAGCAACUUUACAUAUUCAACUCAGCCACCUUGAUGUGGUCACAGCCAGAGGUGCGUGGUCAGCCUCCUGCUCCUCGGCACGGCCAUGUGGUGGUAGCGGUUGAGAACCGACUGUUUGUACAUGGCGGCUUGGCUGGUGACACGUUUUAUGACGACCUGUUCUCCAUUGACAUACGGGACCUAAAAUGGGAGAAAUUGUCCAGCUCAGGAUCCGUUCCCGGAGGCCGAGCGGCCCACUCAGCCGUUGCUUUCCAAGAGCACGUCUACAUUUUUGGAGGGAUGGACCCAACGGGGGAACUCAAUACGAUGUACAAGUAUCACACAGAAAAAAGUCAUUGGACGCAGCUGGAGUUCACCAUUCCGCUACCUUCUGGCCGGCUGGACCACUCAAUGUGUGUUAUUCCUUGGGGAACCUCUGGAGAAGAGCUCCACAAUCACAAAGAAACACCAGAAGCUGCACAAGGGGAGGGUCCCAGGGAAAGCCAGCAAGAGGACCGGCUGGUUCAUCUCUGCUUGGUGUUUGGGGGCAUGAACAUUAAAGGGGAUAUCUAUAAUGACUGUAUCGUAAGCGUGCUAGAAGAAUAAAGUUAGGCCAUGCAAGUA